AAACAGACUCUCGGAGCCGCAAAUGGGGAAGACGGAUUCUCAGACAAGGCUUGCGAAUGCCCUGCAGCCAUCAUUUAACUGCGCCUGCAGAGCAGUUACGGUUUGUCACCCGACCCUCCCGGAUCGCCUCGUUUGUCCCUAGUGAGACCCCGAGGCUCUGCCCGCGCCAGGCUUGUCGGUAGCUGGAUGCCUGUCGUGCUCUGGGCAGCGCGGGCGCAGGGCACGCGUUCGCGCACACCCGCGCACACACGAAAUCGCGCAAGCCCCGAGGUGCGUCCCGGAUCCCAGUGCGCGUCUAGCAAGGAGCCUGCGUCCCGGGGAGUGCCGGCAACGCCGCCGGCCGGUGCUCGGCGCACCGGGCCAUGCAGCGGCGGCCGCGGCGGAGCUCCGAGCGGCGGUAGCGCCCCCUGCGAGGCGGCCGGAGAUGCCCCGGCUACUGUGAACCGUGCCGCCCGCCAGGACACGCUCAGCCCCGGACACGCUCGGCUCUGCGCGCCCGCGACAGGCACCGGGGCGAGGGAGAGGCGAGCGCAGCACAGGCCGCCCAUCAGGGGCAGGGGAGGCCGGCCGGUGCAGCGCGGGGACACGUACUCAGUCCGACUCGGGCUGGCACUGGCGGCUAGGGAUGUCGUCCUGGACGAGGUGGCAUGGACCCGCCAUGGCGCGGCUCUGGGGCUUCUGCUGGCUGGUUGUGGGCUUCUGGAGGGCCGCUCUCGCCUGUCCCACGUCCUGCAAAUGCAGUGCCUCUCGGAUCUGGUGCAGCGACCCUUCUCCGGGCAUCGUGGCGUUUCCGAGGUUGGAGCCUAACAGUGCAGACCCUGAGAACAUCACUGAAAUUUACAUUGCCAAUCAGAAAAGGUUGGAAAUCAUCAACGAAGAUGACGUUGAAGCUUAUGCAGGACUGAAAAACCUGACAAUCGUGGAUUCUGGAUUAAAAUUUGUGGCUCAUAAAGCAUUUCUGAAAAACAGCAACUUACAGCACAUCAAUUUUACCCGAAAUAAACUGACGAGCUUGUCUAGGAAACAUUUUCGUCACCUUGAUUUGUCUGAGCUGAUCCUGGUGGGCAAUCCAUUUACAUGCUCCUGUGACAUUAUGUGGAUCAAGACUCUUCAGGAGACUAAAUCCAGCCCAGAAACUCAGGAUUUGUACUGCCUAAAUGAAAGCAGCAAGAAUAUUCCCCUGGCAAACCUGCAGAUACCCAAUUGUGGUUUACCAUCAGCAAAUCUGGCCGCACCUAACCUCACCGUGGAGGAGGGAAAGUCUAUCACAUUAUCUUGUAGUGUUGCAGGCGAUCCAGUUCCGAAUUUGUACUGGGAUGUUGGUAAUCUGGUUUCCAAACAUAUGAAUGAAACAAGCCACAUGCAGGGCUCCUUAAGGAUAACUAACAUUUCAUCUGAUGACAGUGGAAAGCAAAUCUCCUGUGUGGCAGAAAAUCUUGUAGGAGAAGACCAAGAUUCUGUCAACCUCACUGUACAUUUUGCUCCAACUAUCACAUUUCUCGAAUCUCCAACCUCAGACCACCACUGGUGCAUUCCAUUCACUGUGAAAGGCAACCCCAAACCAGCGCUUCAGUGGUUCUAUAACGGGGCCAUAUUGAAUGAGUCCAAAUACAUCUGUACUAAAAUCCAUGUUACCAAUCACACGGAGUAUCAUGGCUGCCUCCAGCUGGAUAAUCCCACUCACAUGAACAAUGGCGACUACAAGUUAGUAGCCAAGAAUGAGUAUGGGAAGGAUGAGAAACAGAUUUCUGCUCACUUCAUGGGCUGGCCCGGAAUCGACGAUGGUGCCAACCCAAAUUAUCCUGAUGUAAUUUAUGAAGAUUAUGGGACUGCAGCAAAUGACAUUGGGGACACCACGAACAGAAGUAACGAAAUCCCUUCCACAGAUGUUGCUGACAAAAGCGGUCGGGAACAUCUCUCGGUCUAUGCUGUGGUGGUAAUUGCGUCUGUGGUGGGAUUUUGUCUGCUGGUGAUGUUGUUUCUGCUGAAGUUGGCAAGACACUCCAAGUUUGGCAUGAAAGGCCCAGCUUCAGUUAUCAGCAAUGACGAUGACUCUGCCAGCCCACUCCACCACAUCUCCAAUGGGAGUAACACCCCAUCAUCUUCAGAGGGCGGCCCCGAUGCCGUCAUUAUUGGAAUGACCAAGAUCCCUGUCAUUGAAAAUCCCCAGUACUUUGGCAUCACUAACAGUCAGCUCAAGCCAGACACAUUUGUUCAGCACAUCAAGAGACAUAACAUUGUUCUGAAAAGGGAGCUAGGCGAAGGAGCCUUUGGAAAAGUUUUCCUAGCUGAAUGCUAUAACCUCUGUCCUGAGCAGGACAAGAUCUUGGUGGCAGUGAAGACGCUGAAGGACGCCAGCGACAACGCACGCAAGGACUUCCAUCGCGAGGCGGAGCUGCUGACCAACCUCCAGCACGAGCACAUCGUCAAAUUCUACGGAGUCUGCGUGGAGGGCGACCCGCUCAUCAUGGUCUUCGAGUACAUGAAGCACGGGGACCUCAACAAGUUCCUCAGGGCCCAUGGGCCUGACGCCGUGCUGAUGGCCGAAGGCAACCCGCCAACAGAGUUGACCCAGUCCCAGAUGCUGCACAUUGCCCAACAGAUAGCUGCAGGCAUGGUCUACCUGGCGUCCCAGCACUUCGUGCACCGAGAUCUGGCCACUCGCAACUGCCUGGUCGGCGAGAACCUCCUGGUGAAAAUCGGGGACUUCGGGAUGUCCCGGGACGUGUACAGCACCGACUACUACAGGGUCGGUGGCCACACAAUGCUGCCCAUCCGCUGGAUGCCGCCCGAGAGCAUCAUGUACAGGAAGUUCACCACAGAAAGCGAUGUCUGGAGCCUGGGCGUCGUGCUGUGGGAGAUCUUCACGUACGGCAAGCAGCCCUGGUAUCAGCUGUCCAACAACGAGGUGAUAGAAUGCAUCACUCAGGGCCGAGUCUUGCAGCGACCUAGAACGUGCCCCCAGGAGGUCUACGAGUUGAUGCUGGGGUGCUGGCAGCGAGAGCCCCAUAUGAGGAAGAACAUCAAGGGCAUCCACACCCUUCUCCAGAACUUGGCCAAGGCAUCUCCGGUCUACCUGGAUAUUCUAGGCUAGGGCCCUCUCCCCCAGACCGAUCCUUCCCAAAGCACCCUCCUCAGAUGAGCCGAGAGGAUGAACGUCUUUUAACUGCCGCUGGAUGCCAUCAAUCCGCUGUUCUUCACUCCGACAGUAGUUACAACAAAGACACCGAGAGGCUUUCAGGGGGAAGCCAUGUGCACUUCUCCAUCCGUAGACACAGUAUGGACUUCUUUUUGGCAUUGUCUCUUUCUCUCUUUCCACCUCCCUUGGUUUCUUCCCUAGGUUUUGUUUUCUCUCUUCUUUUUUUCCUUUCUUUCUUUUUUUUUUUUUGUUCUUUUUUUUUUCUUUUUUUGGUCUUCCUUGCUUCAUAAUCCUGACCCUUUCUUUUGAAUCAAUCUGGCUUCUGCAUUACUAUUAACUCUGCAUAGACAAAGGCCUUAACAACCCGAAUUUGUUAUAUCAGCAGACACUCCAGUUUGCCCACCACAACUAACAAUGCCUUGUUGUAUUCCUGCCUUUGAUGUGGAUGAAAAAAAGGGAAAACAAAUAUUUGACUUAAACUUUGUCACUUCUGCUGUACAGACAUCGAGAGUUUCUAUGGAUUCACUUCUAUUUAUUUAUUAUUAUUACUGUUCUUAUUGUUUUUGGAUGGCUUAAGCCUGUGUAUGAAACAGGAAAACUUGUGUUUAAUCUGGGAAGCCUUUAUCUGUGGGAGAUUAAAACCAGAGAGAAAGAAGAUUUAUUAUAAACCACAGUAUGGGAGGAACAAAGACAACCAUUGGGAUCAGCUGGCGUCAGUUCCUACUUAGGCAAAGCCCAGCGACUGUUAGCUGGGAGGAAUGUAUUCGGCACCUUCCCCUGAGGAGCUUUCUGAGGAGUAAAAAGACUGUUGAACUCUGUGCCAUGGACUAUUCUUUUCCCAUCACCUGAAACACUAGGGUGUGGUCGAGAGAAAAGAUGGCUUCCAUGAGACGCAAGAUGGCGCAUCGCACGCCCGGACAGUCUUAUCUUUGCAGGUCACGGUGAUGGCACUGGUUUGUCUUUCCAAGUGUCGUCCACGGAACCUUUGUCGAGUUUAGCUGAAAAUGGGUGAAUUCUUGUCCAGAGAUCGUUUCAGGGUCAGGUGGGAAAGCCAAAGACUUGGAAAAGAUAGGACAAGCUAUAAAUUCGGAGGCAUUAUAUUGAACUUUUCAGAUAGCAGUUCCCUCCGACCCCUCCCCUCCACCCCACCUGUCCUUUAAACUGUGCAAGCAAAAUUGUGCAUGGUCUUCGUCGAUUAAUACCUUGUGUGCAGAAACUACCGCUCCAGACGUCGUGCCCCUGAUAUGUAGAGCAGAUCCAUAAGGUAUGACUUAUAUAAUUAGGGGAAGCUAAUGGAGUUCAUUAGCUGAGUAUAAAUGUCUCUGGGUCAUAUGGUGGUGAUGGGUUUUAGGAAUAUGGACCCUGAAGCCUGGGUGUCCUCCUCCACAUCAAACGGACUGUGGGACUGUGGGAAGGGCAGACUCAGUCCCCGAGGGGAGAAGAAACCUCACCCUGGGGGCCUCACAUACAUUGGUGUUCAGUGUGCACAGGCCGAGACCUUGCUCUGGGCUCUGGUUGGGAGAGUGGUUUCAUUCCCAGUGUACCCCAUUGUCAGUAUGCUGUUUUGUUUUUUUCCACUCCAUUGAAAGAAGUAAAAAUUUUAAAAAAUCAGGCACAGCAUGCCAAUGGGAAGCUAUGCCCAGACCUAGCUUUGGAGGUGUGCUUCUGGGUAUAGUCUUGGGUUUUAGGAAGAGGUUGUAAAUUCAAAUAGAAAUUUACAGUUAUUUGGAUGAUCGGUUUUACCAAGGAAGAAAAAUAUUUCUGUUCCUCAAGAAAACUUGCUACCCUCUGUGAGGGGAAUUUUGCUAACUUGACAUCUUUAUAACACAAGCCAGAUUGAAAGUGAGUGAUUUUAAUUCAUCUUAGGACAUUUUAUUUCGUAUUUGUUUCUGAAGGUGCAAUUGCUCUGUUUCGGUUUUGCUUGCGCCCUUAAUUCCUGGAGCACCUUAUUUUCCAUUUAUAGGCUUUGAGAGCCCGUUCUCAAAAAAUCAAAAGUGUCACGUAACAGAGAACAAAAGGAAACGCAAUAGCAUCAGCAGUCAAGUGAAGGGGGUUGGACAAGAUGAACCCUACAGUCCCUUCAAGUUCUGCGCUGGCCUCUGAGACAUGGGAGUUGAGUUGAUCUUUGUCAGUGGAAAAAACCCUCCAGAACACACAUAACAAUAUAACGAAAGCCAUAUCUCCAUGAUAUAUACCUGCACGUAUAUAUCCUAUUAAGGACCCAUGGUACUGUUAAAACACUGUGGCACUCUGUGAAGCAGUAAAGAAAGGGCAGAUUUGUACAAAACCUUUCUAGAUUUCAUCAGUGAUGACCUGAACACCUGCACAGGUUUGUCAUUCUGCGUGACUGGCCAGCUGCUUGGGGGCGGGGCAGAGGGGGGCGGCGGUGUGUGUGGGGGAGAAGCUGCAAGGUAUUUAUUUUAUUUUAAUAGAGAGCAAAGGAGGUAAAUAGACUAAAGGAUCAAAUUCAAGAAGGGCUGCGCAGUUUUAAAGCAAGGAUUUGUUUCAGGCAAAUGAGAAGAUGGGAGCAUUCUAUUCCAUUCCAAUGUGUUUUCCUCUGAAGGAAACAAGCAAAAAAGAAACAAACAAACAAAAAAAAUCUCCUUACCUUCUGACAAGUCCCUCAAGGUCUUGAAAUGAAAGGUUCUAUGCAAGUGCAAAGUUUUAUAUUUAGUUAUAUUGCUGAUCAUCAUUAGUAUUUUUCCUCUGUUGUCUCAAGAGUAUGUACUGAUUUCAGAGACGUCUCGUAUUGAAAGAAUACCAGAUUGAACGAACCACAGAAUAGCUUAAAAUAGUCCUCGCUGUUCUUCCACCAUCCCCUCUUCUCAUGCUCUUUUGAUUUCUAGAAAAGGAACAUCCUCGUUCUGAAGUGUAACGAUCACAGAACAUGGCCUGCUACCCAAUUUGUGCAAAACUCCAACAACAGGACAACCCUAAUUCUCUCGCCCAGAUUCAGUCUGACCACCGUUUCCAUUUACCGAUUGUUUCAUAGUUUUCCAGGCACUUUUCACCUCUGUUAGCCAAUUAUUCCCAUUUUUUUGUAAGUGAGGAAAUCAAGGCUCGGAGAAGUUGAGUGGCAUGCUAGAAAUCUCCAGGCUCACUUCCAGCGCCAGUGGGAUUGAAUCUAAGUGUUCUGACUCUGAAGAUCAUGAGUUUGGCCACUAGAGACUCCAGGAUGCAGACAGACGGUCCAAGAAAGCGAGCGCACUGAGAAACUCACGAAGCAGGACAUGGUUGGAAGAACAAAAGGAAACACGUGAGAUGACAAGCAGCUGAGAUACGGUGAUAUGUAAUCAUGCUUAUAGCUUCAGCUAAAUCCUUGUACACUGAACCAGCGUCAUAAUCAGGCUUAUUUAGAAAACAUUUUGAACUCUGCUAGAAAAGAUCCUAUCAGAAUCCAUAUUAUACAUAUGUGUUCACUUCCACGCUACCUGUGGUAUUUUCCUGUAUUUAUAUGUGUGUUAUAAAUACUUGAUUUAUACAUAUACGGACACACAGACACAGUGUGUUUGUGUGCUUAUGUAUAAAUGUAUAGGCACACAGUACUAGAGAUAAUAAGUAGGGUGCAGUAUGAAUAAUUUGCUUAAAAUCUGCUAAAUAACCAAAACUUUUUAACGUCCUAUUGCGGUUAGUGCUUCCAUUCUCCAUGUGGGUAGGACUACAUCGCACUUUUCAACUCUGUGCAGUACUGCAUGGGUGGAAGACAUAUUUAAGAUAAUGUGCUUCCCAAAACAACUGAAUCAAAGCCAUCCCACUACAUUGAGUCCUUUCCCUGGCUCCUUGCAAAGGAGAAUGCAGACUGAAAUAGAUCUCCUUAUGUAAAGGUCCAGGAAAGGAAAAUUGAUUUUUUUGGUCAUCUUUUUGCACAUUUGUGUUAUGCUCACCUUGUCCCACUGUGACCCCUUUACACCUCUGUUCAGAGUCCAAGCAUUCCAGAAGAGAACCGGAGUGUCGGGAGCCCAGUGUCUCAAAGGCCAAUGGUGAGAAGUGCAAGACCCCACCGCCAAGGCGAGCGACUCUUAGGAAUCCCCGUAUCUGAGUGGGAAUGCAAAGCAGCAACAGUAUAAAAUGCUGUCCUUUGCAAAGAGCCAUGACAAAAGGAUCCCCUGAUCAGGAACAGACGUUUCUUUUUAACCUUCCCUUUUUGCAAAUUGGAUCUUCUCUAAUGCCAACAGUAUUAAAUUGUAUGUCUAAUUAAAUAAAUGAGUCCAUGCACACACCCCCUCAACUCUCUUGCUCUCUCUCUCUCUCUUUUUUUCCCCUCCCAUUUGAGGAUUUUUAUUUCCAAUGUUGAGUUCGGUUUGGCCCAUCACAGAAAAUCUCCCGAGGGGAAUGGCUGGUGACCCAAUCUUCAGAUGGCUGAUGGAAGUUAAAGCACUUCCUUCACAGCCCAUAAUCCUGGAAUGCAGAGACUCCCAGGUUGUGAGAGCCAAUAUGUUAUUCUAAAGAAUCCAGGGCAGGAGGGAUUUGUAGUUAAAUAAGACAGCACAUGAAAGGGUAUUUUCUCCUUGUCGGGGCUCAAAUGAAUCACUGCUGCUCAAGUCAAAGGUUCUGGAAGAUUCUUAGUUUUUGCAUUGUGCCCCCCCUUCUCCUUCUACCUUUAUUUAUUUGUGUAUUUAUUUAUUUAUUCAUUUAUUUAUAUAUAUUUUGGCUCCAUUCGUCACAAACACAAAGCAAAGCAAAAAAAUAUAUAUAUGUAUGUAUAUGUGUUGCAGGCAAAACACUGUGAAAUUCACAACAGCAACCAAGCAACUCUUUUGCCAUCUUAACAUACGUCUCAGGAGACGAAACGAGAACACAUGGGGAUGUCAUUUUUUUAGUCUAUGCAUUCUAGGCCAGGUCCGUGUUUGUUUGUUGUGUUUUUUUUUUUUCUUUGGUCUGUGCAUUAAUGAAAAUGCUCCUGGGUGAAGGUUGGCUGAAUGUUCAACAUAACGGAGCAAGCCUAAUAAAAGCUGCUAAUAGCCACAUGUUUGGACUGGAAAAAAAUUCGGAGAAAAUGAAAUGAAAUGUAUAAAGGCCUACAUCUUGCAGCUUGUAUAUCUUACUAUUGCUUUAAUAAUGUAUAAAACUACUGGAAAUGUUUUAAAUACGAGGUCUUUGAAUUAAAUGUGGAUUUUAAAUAUGUACUCCCUUGACAAAUGACCAAAUUCUUGUGAACUAUUGCUCCCUGCAUUCAUUGAUCAUUACCUCUCACUUACAAAUCUGCCGAGAGAUGUGGACACUCUCUGCAACUGCGUCUGUACAUGGAGAGAUGUUUGUAUAUAUCCAGGCCAUCAACACACACACACACACACACGCACACA